AUGUUUCUCAAACAGCCUGUCGUUCUCGCAUCAACUUGCAUUUCUAUCCUACUCUCGGGUUGUGUAGAAGCAGUCGCUAUCACAAGUCCAAGCAGUUUUUCCUAUUCCGUCGCUCGCAAUGCAUCUUCUACGAUUUCAAGCUCCAGUACUAAUGUUCCCACGAAUACGACGACUAUUACCUAUACCCGUCCCAACUCGACUAUCUCUUCUAGCAGUCUAAUAACCCCAUCUCCUACUCACAAAAACACUACGAGCACAGCUUCUCAAACUGGCUGGUAUGCCUUCGCUAAUAAAACUGCCAACGCUGGAACACCCACUCCUGAGCCUGCUAUUCUAUCACCAGCCAUUCCCCCCGGAUUGGAUAGACAUGAUCCUAUCGUUCUACAGCCAAACACUUCCGUAUCUCUGUUUUACCAGAGUCCAGCACCUACCAAUGCUUCCGGUGAGUUUGAAUAUUAUCAGUCCUUGUAGGCUUUUGUAAGCGGAUAAGAUAUUGUGCGAGCACGCUUUACGCAUCCUCACUUGCGAUUUCUUUUCUAUGAAAUCUUAUUCUCAAUCACUUAAAACAGCCCGCACAAUAUCCCCUUCUGCCUUCAUUGCUACGCAUCAUGGUAUCCAGCUAAUUUACAUGACCUAGAUGUUGCCGUGGCCUCGGUCGACAUCCCAAAAAUGGCAUAUCCAGCCGUGGUACUCGACCAUUCUGCCCUAGUAACACAUGUCGAUUGUGAUCCAAACAACCUUCGAAUGAAAUUCCUUCACAGCAACGGCCUGGAGGCUGCCAAGGCGCACUGGUCAAAUAUGCCUAAGUUUGUUAUGAUGUCCUUUCAUGAUAAAUGUGGACAAGCGAGCCAGACAGGAGAGCGAGACUAUCUCCUCGUACACGAACUCGAAUUCAACCAUGAAGACCUUACAGCCGCAGCCAAAAUUUCUCACAUUGGCAUGGUUGAAGCUGUUGGCGAGCAGAACCCGGUCACUGUUGAUAUGGGAACCUACACACCAGCAUCUGUUGACGGCAAUGUGGGAUUUGACUCGGCAAAUGCACCAUCUGUUGCUUCAAAUACGACCGCAAAAUCUAACACUACAUCCUCGGCCUCGGACUUUGAUGUUGAACUUGAUGAUGCCAUUGGGUAUACCGGCCUCUCCAACUCCACUAUCCAUAAAAGAUUUGCAGGUCUUGAACCUCAUCAAAAAUUGGUAGUCCGUGGAUGGUUCAAAAAGAUCUUCAAGAAAGUUGUGAACGCCGUCAAAAAGGUGGUUACGAAGUUCAUUCCAUCGUGGACCUUGACUCCCCUCAACAAGAACAUUGACCUCAAUAUUGGUGGAGGAAAUGUCGCUACUCCCUGGGGUAAGAAAGGAUACAAGCUUUACUCCAAGUCCUCUGGGUCAAAUUACCUUACCCUCUACUGUGUUGACUGUGGAGUAAGUGGCGUUGUAAAUGUCAAGGCAACGGUGACAUUCAACCUCAUCGGUAUAAUAUCCGGUGGAAGUUUCAGCGCCAAUGGUAACAUCGGAGCUGGUCUAGGAAUUGGUGUUGAUGCGAAUUAUGCUGCUUCCAUACCAGCGUUCAACCAGCCUCUGGUCGCUAUCCCACUCUCUCCAUUUGCUAUUCCAGGUCUCAUCACAAUCGGCCCACAUCUUGAUCUGGCAGUAGGAGCCAACGCCUUCGUCUCCGCCAAAGGUCAAAUCUACGCAGGAGUCCAUAUUGGUUGGCCCGCUAUUCACGCGGAACUAAAGUUAUUCGGGGCCCCUGAAGCCAGUGGAUGGACACCCAGCGUCACUCACGAUUUCCAAGCAACAGGAUCUCUUACAUUAGGCGCUGAUGCCUACGUGACCGUGAGCCUGGGAUUCGGAGUUAGUCUCCUUAACGGCCUGAAGAAUUACGGCGUCGCGCUUGUCGAUAAGCCUGAUAUCUACAUCAAAGGUGCCAGUGGAGACCCAGCAUGUGCCCAUGGUCUCCAAAUCACCGCUGGAAUCAAAAACGAGGUUUACGCCGAUAUCCUGGGAAGUCAUCAUUCGAUCGCGACCUGGAACGGACCAUCAGCUGGAAAAUGCAUCAGCAUCAAGAAACGGGACGACGUUCUGACACUCCCAGCCCCUGAACCAAUGUCCAGAAGACGAUCUAUUUCCAGAAGAGAUGGCUCGGCAAUGCAGAUUCAGACUCCAGAACAUGAUAUCGGUAUCCACUAUGCCGACAACGGAAACCUCUACGCGCUCGCUCAUGGGAAUGGUAGUUUGGUAGACAUGUCGACAGUCUCUUUCGCCACGAACAACGGAUCGAUCUUCACUGAAGACGCACGGGGUCGUGUUUUCCAUGGUUAUCAGGAUACACUUGACAACCUUGGGAUUUCCAGAUUCCGUCUCUCGCUUCCUAGCCAUAUCCCCAGAACAGCCGUGCAAAUGUACAUCCCUCUCUUCUCCCAACUUGAUUUCGCGCUAACAGAUAUACUGCAGGACCUUACAAGCAGCCAACCUCGAAGACGAAACCGAUGUCCUCGUCGCUCUUGAUGCGUCGCAUAAUGUGUACUAUCCGAUUAUUUGUACCUUCGGACAAGCUGACUUUCCGAAACUGUUCUUGGUUAAGGAUUUGGAGGCGGGGGUAGUGAAGUUGAUGGAUGAGGCGAAUGUGGAUUCGAUUACUGGAGUGAAACCUGAGGAGUGUGAUUUUGUUCCUUUGAUUGCGGUUUGAGGGUUGUUUGCUAGUUGGUUUUCUAUAUGGGGAGGUGACAUGGUGGGAUGUGUUGCGUACACGUAAUUUGCAGUUAUAGAUUUUCUUAAUAUACCUUACCUUGUGGCAGAAUUGCCAUGGGUUGCGGUGAAUAGGAAAUGUCAAAACCUAGACGAACGACAACGUUGG